UGCUGCGGCAAUACAGCGAAACGUUUUGAGGCGGUAACGUGAAAAUCUCAAGGUCAUUUGGUUGUUUGUUCUCUCGAAAUAAUGACCGCGAAAGAAAUGCAGGAUGAAGCAGGUAUGAUUGCAUAUAUCACCGAAAUAAACACUACUCUGUGACUGUCUUUCAUAUUAAAUGUUGAAUCAUAGCUGGACCAAAGACAACACUGGAAUUCUAAGUAACCGUGAUAUGUUUGCUCAGAGCGAAACUAUGAGCUCACUCAGGCUAAAAAUAUUGGGAAACAACUCACAACUAUAUUCACAAAUUAUUAUGUAGUGUGAAUUCAACUGAAGAGAUUAAACAUUCUAUUGAAAAUCUAUUUGAGAAGUUUUUACUAUGGAAAUCUGAUCAUUCAAUUUAUGAAUACUUUCAAAGGGAUUAUUUAACUUUUAUGGAAUUAAAUCCAUCUAGACGAUAUUGUAUAAUACAAUUUGUUCUUUUAUUAGAUCUGAAUUACAUUUCUGAACGUCUCCUUAUUACCCUGCGCAAUCAUGAUCUGAAUCGUAUAAAUUGGUCUCAUAUUCUUCAAUUGAUAUCUGUUAUCAUUACAUGCAUUAAAGGAGGUGUAUCCACUGUUAAAUCUAUUAUCCAUCAACUUUUAUUAUUAUUAUUUAAUUCCAAUAUAAAUAAUAAUAAUAAUGAUCAUAUUGAUUUAAAUUAUUUACAUUUAUUAGAUAAUUUAUUUAUUGAUCAAAAUCAAAUGAAUCAUCAUUCAAAAUCUAAUCAAUAUGAUCAACAAUUAUUAAUUGGAAUUUUAUUGAUUUCACGUCAAUUAUGUUCAGAAGAUUAUCGAUUAACUGGUAUAAAUUAUAAACAAUGGUGGAUAGAAACAUUUUGUAAUCCUUUAUUAUUAUUUACACAAAAUAUACUUACAUCACGUUCUAUUAUAUUUUAUUUUUGUAAUUUACUUAUUGAAUUGUUACCAUGGGAAAUAAAUUUAAAAUUUUUACAAAUUCAAAUCAAUACACAACCUAAUUGGUUUAAUUCUAUUAAAAAAUCAAUAAAUCAUCGUAAUAAAAUUGAUUCUAAUGAUAGUCGAAUAAAAUCUAUUGAAUUAAUUCAAUCAUUAAAUGAAAAUGAAUUUAUAAUGUCAUUAGAUUUAGAAUAUACAAAUAUGAUAAUGAAUAAUAAUCAUUAUAAUAAUUAUAUUGAAUCAUGUAUAAAUCGAUGGAAUGAUUAUUGUGAAAUAGCACAAGGACGAUUAGCUGAAUUAAGGGAACACAGUUGUGCAACAAAAGUGAUCAUAACAGAUAAAAAAAUCUCUGAUUGCCCAGGUGCUGCUACUACUCCAGGAUGGAGUGAUGUUUUAAAUUGGCUAAAUGAAAUUGCGGCACAACAUACUGCUGGUGAUUUAGGCGGUGAUAUUCCUAAAUGCAAAUUACCGUCCGAAUGGAAUGAAGCAAAUCUGUUUCGUCCACGUUGGCUUCGUUCUACACUGAUUCCAGCUUUAUUAAAUGCACCUGAAAUAGAACAGUUAUCAACAGAAUUAAAAUUUGCACGUGAACAAUUAAUACAAGGAAUACAUUCAGCUGGUCUAUCACAUUUAUUAAAUCAUACCGAAGGAAAAACUUCUACCAUCAAGUCGACUACAAAAACAACAUUGUCAAAGAAGAAGAAACAAUCAAAUGGUUCAACACAAAAAUCUUCAACAUCUAAACAAUCAAACAAAGUGUAUAAUAAAAGCCAAUUCUACAAUCAAGCAAAUAAACAUUGAUGUCAGUACAAUCAGUAAUUAAAAUGUGUUAGAUAAAAAGCUGAAUAGAGCGAAGAGAAGAAACAUAUCGAAAGUGGAUUAUGGCGGUAGGAAAAAGGAAUACCUGACAAUUCGAAAAAAGAAUGUUAAACUCCCCUUCAUUCUUUUAGUUACAUUCGUUUGCACGAUUUUCUCGUUUCCUCUCCUCCUCUGCCACACUAUGACAACACUAAUAUUAUUAAUUUAUGCUUUUAAAAAAUCUGAAACCAUUUCAUUCCGUAUGUAAAUUAUCUUUUCCUAGUUAUUGUAAUGAAUCUACAUAAAUUGAUGGUCGUUUAAGUUUCCUUAAGCUUGUCAUAUGUCUUUAAGUACUUGAACGAAAUCUUUCUGAUCUUCCAGUUUCAAUUAUACAUUUUAGAGUUGUUGUAUGGUUCGUGGUAGUUGACAGGGGAACCUGCAUAUUUUGAAUAUUUGUCUUAUAGGAGGUCAAUAGUAGUUCGAACGCUCCAAUAAUAAUAUCUCAGAAUAUAAAGCUGGCUAACCUGGGUCCGGGUCCACCAGGGAACAUCAGUUCUGCCGAUAUUACUUGCAAAACUCGCUGACGAAUGCUGACUAGCAUAAAAACUAAGCUCACAUUUUCUUUCCGACUACCUCUAAUCACCUAACCUGUAAACAUAGUGCACCCAAUGCCAAGUAAAAUAACGAUCUCCUCUAUUCAAUAACCUAAUGUGACUAACAAAUUUCUUCACAUUUGAAGUGAUGUAGGUAAUUCCUGAGUUUGAGGUUUACUCAUCAUUAAGAAGCAAUAGUAUAAACAGCAUGACUUAUGGUUUCUAGAACUUAUUUAUCAACUAACGUUUGCUAAAUUAAACAGAGAUUGUUAUAAAACUAUUCAAAGCUUUCUAUAACAAAGUCCUACUCACUGCCUUCUCGUGGCGGGGGUGUUAUUUACAAAAUUGAGAGGACGAAAAGCGGAUGUCCGGCGCUUUAACCGGUUUGGUGAACACGGAAAGUUCACCUAGGGGAAUUGGAAAACCCUCAUUCCAAACCAAUGAUGCACAUGGGCUCCAGUAUC